GAAAACUAUCUUGGAUCUGGAAUAUGCGAGGAGCUGUACCUGACGAGAUGGACAAUGACAAUGCUUUGGAAGGCGAGUACUUUUUUUCUGUUUUGGAGGCUUCCUAAGGUUUGCGGUUAAUUAGAUAUGCGAAUCAAAUGGUGCAAAGCCAGGGCACAGGCAAUGCGCUGGGCUGAAGAGGUGGAGCUGCUGAAGGGAGAGAUGCGGAGGAUCCUACAAUUUUUCGAAUGGCAUGCGCAAUGCUGGGACGAGCGAGGGCUAGAAGAUACCUUACACAACAUGGAUGAUGAUGAUGAGCGCGAGGGACUGAUAGCAUAUGCCAAACGUCAAGCUUCGUUAUGUCGAAGGCUCGCUGAGUCCUUCAGCACUAGUUGGACUGACACCUUGGCACUGGCGGACAUAUUCAACGACUCACUCGUCACUCAGCAAGACAUGGACAUCGAUUGAUUAGUACCCAUAGUACAUGCAUACGUAGCAA